AUGGACUGGGAAAUCGGAUUUUACCCUGGCGACCAGACGAGGUUCCACUAUCAGCACGAGCUCAUCUCCAUGAACUCGCUCCGUACCCGAAAAUUGCUCCUUUCUCAAACCGCAGCCACCACGCUGACGAUUCUUGGUGGGUGUUUGGUGCCGGAGGGGAUGAAGGCGUUUGAGCUACGAAUCCUUGGGCCUCUAGAUGGCUUGGACCCCAUCUCCCUACUGGACAAGCUUAAACCGGAAACUGGAAAAUACAGUAAUAUUUGGUGCAUUGGCGCUCUUACGCCAGAAAUGGUCCAGUACGCAAAUCUCAAUGCAAACGCCUUUCAAUGCUACUACGAUCCGUUGCUGGCCAUCGAGUUGAAGUGCCCGAGGCUUUCUAUUGAUGUCUUUCGCCGGUAUCGUGGGCCCAUCCAAACGUUCGUCGACCAAAUCGUGGCACAGUGGAAGGAGGGACGGCGUGAAAUUGAGAAGAUUCUGCUGUAUGGGAGCUGGGGAAUGCACCUGCGGCUGGAGGACCAUGUGCGAGGUGAUGGUGAACGGAUUCGAAUUUGGUGCGAAGAUCGAAUGAACCAUGGUGAUGAUUGUCAUGUGAUUGAAAGGGUGACGGCG